AUCUCCUUUCAGUAACAGUAUGCAGCCUUAGGAGAAGCUAAGCUGUCUUCUAACUCUCUCUCUCGAGUUCAUAGUUUUUGCUCUUCCUCUCUCAUGGUCACAAUGCUUGCAGCUAGUUCUCUAGUGAACAGCAACCUCGCUUGCUCAUCAAGGAUAUCAUCCUGUUCAGACUUCACAUAUAGCCACUCCUGGCGUCCCAUACAUGCUAUGAAACUCCAUCAGAUGCGUGCUGUGAGCUCAAUACGUAUAAGUUGUGCUGCCACUAAACCUGCAAAGACUCCUGCUGAAGAAGAAUGGAAAGUUAAGCGGCAACUGCUAUCAGAAAAGCGGGUACGAAGUGUCGAUGUGAAGGAAGCACUGCGCCUUCAAAAGGAAAACAACUUUGUCAUUCUUGAUGUCAGGCCAGAAGCAGAGUUUAAAGAGGCUCAUCCACCUGGCGCCAUCAAUGUACAAAUAUACAGAUUAAUCAAGGAAUGGACAGCGUGGGAUAUUGCGAGGCGUGCAGCGUUUGCGUUCUUCGGCAUAUUUGCUGGAACAGAAGAGAAUCCUGAGUUCAUACAGAGUGUUGAUACGAAGGUUGGGAAAGAUGCGAAGAUAAUUGUGGCAUGCUCUACAGGAGGGACACUGAAGCCAACGCAAAAUUUCCCUGAUGGGAAGCAAUCUCGGUCCCUGAUAGCUGCGUACUUGUUGGUCCUGAAUGGCUACAGCAACGUGUACCAUCUGGAAGGAGGACUUUACACAUGGUUCAAAGAAGGACUACCAGCUGUUGCAGGAGAAGAGUAAGAGAGACAUUACGAACAUAGUGUUCGCAUGCUGGAGAGAGUGGAGAGUGGAGACUAGAGUUGCGAGGACUUGUAGUGAUGUGCUUGCUUCACAGUCACAGGGUUGUCGAUUGUUGUGUACGGAUUGAGAUGUCGAAGAUUUCUCCUGCCAAUGUGAUGCUGUCCUA